AGACAAUCCAUGAUGAGGGCCCCUAUAUGUUGUAUUCUUAGUGAGCUAUAAACUCAACUCUCAAGUAGAUGAUAAGGACUGUAGACAAGUGAAGAGAUGAAAGGAAUGAGAGGAAGAUUUUUAGGGAAGCUGAAAUCGAUUUCAAGCAUUACAAGUCUUACACAAAGUCUAGUUUUUCAAGAUAACGCCGCCUUCAAUCAGUACUUUGAAACACCAAUACUCGCAAAUGAUCCCAAGAAUGAAGAGAUUAUAGGGAACAAUAAUAUGUUGGUUUCAAAAAAGACCGAAAACCAUUCUUUGUUGGUAGAAUUCGAAGAGAAGUGUCCACCAGGAGGUAAUGACUCGGUUAUCUUCUACACAACAAGUCUAAGAGGUAUACGCAAGACUUAUGAAGAUUGUAACACAAUCAGGUUUUUGUUGGGGAGUUUUCGGGUUUUGUAUGAUGAGAGAGACGUGUCCAUGCAUUUGGAAUUCAGGGAGGAGCUGUGGCGCACGUUGGGCGGUAGGGUGAUCCCACCUAGGCUAUUUAUCAAAGGAAGACUGAUUGGAGGGGUUGAUGAGGUGGUCGGGCUUCAUGAGGAAGGUAAGUUAGAAGAGCUCUUGUGUGGGAUACCAAAAAGCCCGGCUAGUGGCCCUUGCAAAGGGUGUGGCGGGAUGCGUUUUGUGCUUUGUCAAACGUGUAAUGGUAGCAGAAAGGUGGUAUUGGAGGAGGCAGACGAGGAUGGUGAUACCUCAUUGCCCAUUAGCUGUGUAGAGUGCAAUGAGAACGGAUUAGUGAAAUGCCCCGUCUGCUUUUGAUUUAUACAUAUAUAGAAAUCGGGCUUAAAUGUAAGGCAUUCGUUGUGCAGCUUUUCUAGAUACUAAUUAAAUCUAUGGUCUCACAGCUUAAUUAGGAGUCAUAAAUGAUGCCAAAAAUGUUUCACAAAUGUAUCUGUCAUUUGGUUGAACAUAUUGAUGGCUUCAUAUUAUGGAAGUAGAUGAAAGCAUAUUAGCAUAUAUGUUAUUAAUUUCAAAAUAACCAUGUAAAUAUGCACUUAUUAUUAUGGUAUUUUCAUGUCAACACC